AUGGAUUCAUUAGCCAAUUCUGAUGCCGAGAGAAGAAAAUCUGAAACUGAUGUGAUAGAGAAAUGCAACGAAGAAAUUUCGACCGAUCAAACAAUAGAAACUCCUGAAAAAGACGAAACCAAAGAUUUGACGAUUCAUAUAGAGAACGUUUUAAAUGAUGAGAAAACUGAAUGUGACGAUAAGGAAGAGUGUCCAGAUACACCUGUGUCUGUGGAAACUCCAAACCAAAACGACGAAGCAAACGAAAUCACCGAUGAAGUAUUCCCCAAACCGAAUUUCACGAAGAGAUUUUCGGUGGACUAUAAAAAGAAUCGUAUAGACAUCAAGCGAUAUUCCAUUGACUGUAGUAGAAAUGUUACGCUAGACGAGCUGGCCAGUCUUGAACAGGAGUUAGCGCGGACUAACGUGGGCGUGAGGCUUGGACCGAGGCGGAAGUCAUCUGGUAUAUUGAAGUCGACCUCAGAGAGCAUGGAGAGUUGUGACAAACGUUUCAAAGUAAAGCAUGAUUCCGCAUCCGAUGAUGACGAAGUUUUCGAAAAGCCAGCGGUUUUGAACGAUUAUGAAGGACCCAGGGAACCACCAGCGACACCGGUCGGUCGUGAUGAGUUAGCUCUAAGGAGGCACAGGUUCUUCUCAGACCUCGUGUGUGCAGCCAGAGCUGCUGUAGAACAUCGCGUACGAUUUGAUCCACUCGGCCCCGUUGUUGCUGAUUCAGGUGGAGACGCAGAGCCAUCUCUCGCGACACACAGCUCGGCUGCCGAUCUAGAGUCACUAAUAGAGCGUCUAGAGCGUGUGACAUCGCGUUUAGAGCGACUGCCGGUGUUGUUAUCGACGACACUGACACCGCCCAGCUCUCCGACACCGCUGACAGUUCAAGUAGACCUCAUAGAAACUGACAAUAUGAGUAUCAACGGAUACCAGGAGUUGAUGCAGGGUCCCCUGCAGACAUAUUUACAGCUGUCUAAUCAGCUCGGUGGUGAUAUUGCCACACACGCUAACCUAGUCAACGAAGCUUUCCAAGAACAGUUGCGUUACAUUCAGCUAGCGACAACUCGUUCGAAGCCGUCUCAAGCGGAAGACGUCCAACUGCUUGGACCUACAAGCGUGAAGAUCUCAUCGAUUCAGCAGUUCCGUGAAAAGAACAGAGCGUCUAAGUUCUUUAAUCAUCUCUCAGCUAUAUCUGAGAGUAUCCCGGCUCUAGGGUGGGUGGCUGUUUCCCCAACACCGGCGCCCUACGUCAAGGAGAUGAACGACGCUGGCCAGUUUUAUACGAACCGCGUUUUGAAGGAAUGGAAGGAGAAAGACAAAACCCACGUAGAAUGGUGCCGCGCUUGGAUUCAAUUAUUGUCUGAUCUUCAGGCCUACGUGAAACAAUAUCACACAACGGGUCUCGUGUGGUCGGGUAAGGGCGGUGCUCCACCACCACCCCCCGGUGGUAUGCCACCACCGCCACCAGCUUUGCCUGAGGUGGACUUCGCUAACAUGGCAGCUGACGACCGCAGCGCUCUCUUCGCUGAGAUCAACAAGGGAGAAGCUAUUACUAGCAGUCUCCGUAAAGUGACGUCGGAUAUGCAGACCCAUAAGAACCCUCAGCUGCGUCAGGGCCCCGCACCAUUCAAGGCCCCGGCCUCCAAGGCCCCCGUAAAGGCCCUCCCAACUCCGGGGGCCGGGUCUCUGCCCGACAAGCCGCCUGUGUUCGCCAGAGACGGGAAGAAAUGGGUUAUUGAAUACCAAAAGUCUAAUCAGAACUCUGGUGGUUGA